AUGGUGUUCCAACUCCCGACGGCCGUCCUGCCAGACGCCGCCGGGGUCAUCUUCUAUUCUUUUGACAAGCUGUAUGUACAAACGCCCUUCGUCUUCGUCCGAUACGAGGCCGCCAUCGAGGCCGCCAUCGAGGCCGCCAUCGAGGCCGAGCGUACGACCACAGACAUCGCCUGUAUUUCGUAUGCCACUUUAGUCGUCACCACGACCAGCAUUGCACAACAAUUCUACGACUACGCGUUAUGGAGAGACAUCCUGACGGAUCAGUUCUACUACGCUAGGCAACAUGCCGACAAUUCAGAAGUUCAGUACUUCAAGGGGUCUCGAGGUGUCAAACUCAUCUUGAGCUACGUCCGAAUAUUCGGCUUCACUCUCGAAUCGACUUUUGUUUUCUUUUUCGCUUUGUCAUUGGCGGCCAGUGUCUACGGGUGGUUUGCGGCGACCCCGAGGACGACACGAACAAUCUCUAUCAUUGGCAGAGUCUUGCCCUUCAUACUUACAGCAAUUACCGUCGGUUUGAUGCACUCGCCGGUGGCACAAAAUUCAUUCUUAGUGUACAUGAUUGUUGCGAAUACGCAAUUCGUGCUUAGCCUCCUGGGUAGCGCUGUCUUACUACUCAUGAUCUUGUUCAAAUACGUCCACUCGCGCCGAAACCUUCAGACAUGGAAUGUCCUCUAUGGAAAUGCCGGUUCUUUGGAGAGCAGCGCAAAUGGCAGCAAGUCGCGGUCUGUUUGGCUGGGCAGCAAUACGAGCCGAAGUGGUGGAGGAAGGAGUCGGGCUUACAGCGGCGCUGGCGCCAACAAUACGUACGACAGCUGGCUCGUCAUCCGGCUUUCCAUUGCAUUUUGCGUUCUUUGUGUCUUUGAGUACACCAACGUUAUCCCGAAAAUUGCAGCCUCAAACCACACCAUCGAUCUCGCCGACGACUUGCAGCCCGAUCUAAGCGACAAGCGAGGACGUUCGAGCGUCCGAGGAUAUGUAUCUGGUGUUACGCCGAGUCUCGUCGCGUUUCUGGUCUUUGGAACUACGAAGACAUUCCAACGAAAGAUGUACGAAACGUUCGUCCCGAGGAGUCUCCAGAAGCGGAGGAGGGCAAAGAAGAAUCUGUCCAUAUCAGUCGGCAACUCGAGACAAUCGCCGCACGUACAACCCACCAAGCGACCAAAUCAGGCAGUGGACCAAUUUACUCUCAGCGAUCUCACACCGAAAUUUCCCAUGGGAAACUACAGCCCACAAUAUUCUAGUGACGGAAACCUAAGCCCCAGACAACCACACGGAAUGCAGUCAAAUCCCGGUUCAAGAGUCGGGUCGCCACGGUAUGCGCCCAGUUCACGAUAUGUGCCUAGCUAUGCACCAACUACAUCAACGUUCGCUUCUACUCCAGGAUACCCGCAGCCCAGUCCAGCAGGCCUUUCGGCACCUCCACCACCACGGCCACCUCGACCGAUGACAGGGUUGACGGGGGUCAGCGUUAUCAGCCCAAGUCUGCACUCGAAAUUCUCAAAUUUCAGUCGUCCGCAUACAAUGAUGACGACGAAUAAGGAACUACCCAAAACUCCGAUUGAGGAGGAGAGCUUUCCUGAGAGAUUCCGUUACGCGUAG